AUAAAAAUUUAAUAUUUUGGAAUCAAAUUAUUUUGGCAUGCCAGAAUCCUGUCAAACAAACGGGCCCAAAGUGAUUUCUGGAGUUCAAUUAGAAACCACCCGCUGCCCCAUUCUCUAGCAGCCUUCAUUCCUCUCCUCUCAACUGCGGCUCCGCGCCGCGCCGCGCCGAGCGCCACCACCACUCAUCCUCCACCGGCGACUAGCAGCAGGCCGGCGCAGCUGCGCAGGACCCCAUCUGGGCCACCUCUUCCCCGCUGCCCUGCAGGCCGCUGUGCCUCCUCUCUUUCUCCUUCUUCGGCGCGGCUGUUACACUGCCGCGACACCACCAGCAGCAGCAGCCCGCCUCCUCUGCUCCUCCUACAAUAGCGGCAGCGUUCAACAGCAACAACAGACCCCCUAAAGGUGAAUUUGCUAUGCUAUAUAUGUAGCAGCGAAAAGUAGGGGAAGAAGUAAUUUCAAUUUUCUACCCUCAAAACAGAGGAAAGAAAAAAGAAAAAGAAAAAAAGAUUCCUAAUUUCUUGAAACCAAUUUAAUUAAUCAAAUAAAAUAAAUGCAGAAAAUGGGUUAAGCUCAAAUAAACAGAUACUUGUUCGUCUUAUCUUCAGUUUCAAUACUUCCAUGAAAAGAUAAUGAGUGUCCUCAAAAUCAACCUCCACGCCUACCGCCACCGCCACCGCCACCACCAGCUCAGCCUCCAGCCGCCGAUGCCCCAUUUCCCUUUCCGCAUAUCCGGUGAACAAACUGUUAAACCUUCACCCAUUGUCGGACUUCUCUACUCAUCUACCAAGUAUGUCAAGCAUUCGAAUAUCAAUGCGGCAGCUCCGUUUUCGAUUGGAACGAAUAAAGAUGAAAAAGAUAUUGAAGAUUUUGAAGAAUACCUAGCGGAAGACGGCGAGGUCUAUCAGAAGACUUUAAGAUUGGUGGAGUGCGCAAUGUUUGCCGCUGUUUCCGCUUUAGCCUUUCUCUUGAGUAACUCUCUCGCCAUUGAGAAAUAUUUUGCCUGUUUCUUUGCUUUGCCAAUUGUACUAUCCACUAUGAGAUGGGGUGUUGCAGCUGGCAGGAAAACCAUGGUGGCAACAACUGUACUAUUAUUUGUCUUAUCUGGCCCAGUGAAAGCAAUUACGUAUUUGUUAUUGCAUGGUUUCCUUGGUUUCAGCAUGGGCACCUUGUGGAGGUCAAAGGCAAAUUGGCGUACCUCAAUCUCCUUGUGCGCAAUUGUUCGAGCUAUAGGGGCUCUGGCUAAUGUUGUUAUCGCCUCAUAUUUAAUCGGAGAGAAUAUACUGGCAUUGAUUACGAUAAACGUUCAUGCUCUUGUCACGUACAUCCUAUCGUCCAUAGGCAUCAUUGCAGUUCCUUCGAUGAAUCUCAUAUACUCCAUCUUUGGGUUUCUGGCUUGGCUUGAAGGCUUCACUUAGACUGCCAAAAUGGCUGGAGGCUGCAAUAUAAUGAAAUUUUUGUACUGUCGCAGAUAACAAUUGGUGUACAUACGUAGCUUCUUCAGUAUUCUUAGCUCAUGCUCCAAAACGCCUCCACUUUUUACAAUGAAAUUUUAAGUGGUUUGGAAGCUUGAAACUUUGCAAGUAGGAUUUAUUUAAUUUUUGGCUAUACUUUAAUAAUUUCAUUGAAAUGGAGUCGUAAUUGUGAUGAUACUGUCAGUAUACUUUUAUAAUUGUUACUUCAAUUAUCUUUUGCUGACA